AUGGGAAAUGAAAAUGGUGCAGAGAACGAAAUGGAUACAGGUGCAGUUAACAAAAAGCAGCGACCAAUUGAAAUACUAGGUGACAAUCUAGAUAUUACAAUUACCCCUUCUAAAAUGAGCUUGCAAAACCAAAGGAAAAGUUUACACUGGUUUCUAGUUUUGGUUAAAGAGAAACAAAUCACUUUUGAGGAAUCUAAAGUCCCCUUUGAACCACCUGUGGAUUUUGCAGCAUUGAAUACUGUAAACUGGAUCCCAUCAAGUGAACAAUUGAAUUCUUUAAUGUCAAGUUUCAAAUUUCAUGUAGCUAGUGUACUCAUGCAUUAUGUUCCAUACCUACAGUUACAUAUCACAAGUUUUCCCAAGCAUAUUGAGCACAUUUACAUGAACCAGGUGAGAAAGAAAUCUGUUUUUCUGAACUGUGAUUUAAUAGAGGCCAGUGAGAAUAGCUCACAGGGUAUGAUAGAAAUUCUUCAAAAAGUUCAUCAACUUGCUGUUCCGCAUGUUAGGGAUAAUCCUGAUAAGAAUGUUUUGGAAAAGGUAGUUUUUGGUGGGGACGUCUUGACGAACGAAAGGGCAUUUAGUGCCCAAGAAGCAAUGCAGAACAGCCCCUCUGAGUACGAGUCCCUGUUAGGUGUUAUUCACAGACCAGAGGGUCUACAUAGAGAAAUGAACUUCCUUCUGGUAUAA